AUGGAUCCAAAAUCGGAGUCGGAUCCGUACCCGCUGCUAAGAAGUAUCAAUUUCGAGGUUUUGAGGGUUUUCACGAUCGCUCUUUCCUCGUCAAUUUUUCUACAGUGUGUUCUUCUUUCCCACCCAAAGAUGAAGCUCGUCAGGUUUUUGAUGAAGCUGAACAAUGAAACUGUGUCGAUUGAGCUGAAGAACGGGACUGUGGUCCAUGGAACCAUCACUGGUGUUGAUGUGAGCAUGAACACUCACUUGAAGACGGUUAAAAUGAGCCUGAAGGGGAAAAACCCAGUGACAAUGGAUCAUCUAAGCUUGAGGGGUAACAAUAUCCGCUACUACAUUCUUCCUGAUAGCUUGAACUUGGAGACUUUGCUUGUGGAAGACACUCCUAGAGUUAAACCUAAGAAGCCUGUUGCUGGGAAGCCUGUUGGACGCGGCCGUGGACGUGGGCGUGGGCGUGGUCGUGGCAGUGCUACUAGAGGUCGUUAG